AUGCCAAAACGAAGUGCGGAAGAAAAAAUCGAGCGUUACGAACGCAAAAUUAGAAAACUAUGCGAACGCGAUGUCGCACGACAUCGCCGAAUACGGGUCAUAUCAUCACAACCUUCCAAUAAGGAAGGUGUUGAAGACGCUGACCACCCUGAACUAAGCCUUAUAGUUAACAAACCUGAGCCCACACUGGAGCCAGAGUCUAGAUCAGAGACCAGGGCGGAGAAACCAUUAGAGCCACUGGCUUUAGAGGCAACUUCGACGGAACAAAACCCGAACGGUGCAUCAUCUGAACCAGAAUUGGACCCUGAACUUUUAGAAGCCCUCGAUGAAAGUACAGAUAGAGGAUGUAUUAAUCUUUUAUGUAUCGUUGUAAGAUACUAUAAGAACAACAGAAUAAAAGAUGCGCUUCUUGGUCUUGUACCCCUGCAAGAUACUAUUUGCGAAAAAUUGUAUGACCAACCUGUAAAACUAUUCACAGAGAAUGAUAUACCGUUUAAAAAUAAUAUGGUUGGGUUCGCCGCUGACGGAGCAAAUGCAAUGGACGGUUUCUACAUCUAUAUAAAAGACUGUAGCAAGGCAUUACACAAUUUUUCUGUGUUCGUCGAACAUAUUUUAAGGUCCACAAUGCAGUACGACACUAUAGUUAUAGGGUUGGGUGUGGCUGGAGUGACAGCAGCAUCGACUCUCGCUAGAGCAGGGAAGAAAGUACUAGGCUUGGAGGCACAGGACCGUAUCGGCGGUCGUGUCAACACUGUACCUUUCGGUGAUGGCGUUGUCGAGCUUGGUGCGGAAUGGAUCCACGGUCAGUACCCCAGCAGGAUAUACGACACUGCAGUCCAGAACAACAUCUCAGUGCUCUCUGAGGACAUAACUAUGGGCGUGUAUAAGUCUGACGGGACCAGAGACAAUCAUGAGCUGAUCAACGAACUGAUAACGUAUUGCUUGCCUUUGAUAGAAGACGCCUACACUGAAGAGGAAUCCUUAGGCGCUUAUAUCACUCGGAAAUUAAAGGACCAUUUAAAAGAGACCCAUCCAGAGCUACUCAAAGACAAAGAUUUUCUCGAGGAGUUCCUGGCCCUCAUUGACCUCAUAGUGGGGUUCGUCAAGGGUUCAAGCAGCUGGAAUGACGUCAGCACAAAAACAAACUACAAGGGGCUAGAUGGUAACCGAUUUUUGUGUUGGCACCGAAACGGUUACAAAACCUUCUUUGAACUGCAGCUGAACACAUAUCAAGGCGGACCAGGUUUACCGACAUUAGACAUUAAGCUCAACUCAGAAGUGACUAAAAUCGUCUGGCCGCAGCAACCCUCUACCCCAGUGGAAGUGACCUGCAAGGACGGCAAAGUGUACAAAGCCAACAAUGUCAUUGUCACCAUACCGGUUGGAGUUUUGAAGGAAAGACACACGAGCCUGUUCACCCCACCACUGCCAAGUGAGAAAGUAAACGCCCUCAGCAGCAUGACAGUGGGUGUAUUGGAUAAAAUUGUUCUCUCAUUCGACAAGCCGUGGUGGCCGAAUACGAGCCGCUUUUUAGUGUUCCUGUGGAAGGGGGACGACAAGAAGAAAGUGGCUAAAGAAGAUUUCUGGAUUACCAAGAUAUUCGGCGCAAGCUCUCACUUGGGAUCCGAUAACACGCUGACCUUGUGGACUAGUGGGGAAACGGCCAAAUUGGUAGAAACUAUACCAGAGGAAGUUGUGAAGAGGAAAACGGUUGAUCUACUCCGGAAAUUCCUUGGAGCCCAUGUGACAGUACCCGAGCCGACUGGAAUAGUCAGGUCAACCUGGUACUCGAAUCCGUACAUUAGAGGUUGCUUCCCGUUUGAUAGUGUGAGCUCAACGAAGAAUCCCACCUCUAGGGCGGAUUUGGGCAAACCCCUCCUAGACAGUGCUGGCUCACCUAAAGUACUGUUCGCGGGAGAGGCGCUCGACUUGAAUCACUUUACGAAUGCCCACGCAGCCAGUGAGAGUGGCUACAGAGAAGCUACGAGGCUUUUAACUCCUAGCAGCACAAAUUAA